AUGGCUGCACCUCUCCAUCUACAUCUUGCAUCUCUCGACGAUGACGACCCAUGGAUUGUUGAACAGAAAUACUUUAUGAUCCUAAACAAUUCUUUGCAGCCAGAUAGUCAGGUUUCAGCCGCAGAAGCUGCAGCUGGGAUACACGAGCUCACUCCAAUGAAUCGUGAGGCAAAUGGUGAAGAGGCAGAGGAGCCUGAAAGCUGGUGUUUGGAGUUCUGGGGAGCAAUCAACGAACUCGUGAAGCAAAUUCCUCAUGAUCAUCCCUCACAAGAUAAGAUGGUGGAGAUCAUCCAAGAAUUGAAAGCUUUACCCGGGGUGGAAGUUUCCGUUUCCAAAACAGCAACAACUCGGAUUUGGACAGAUCUUCCAUAUUUAAUGGAGGUAUGGUACGAGUAUGCUGUCACCCCUGAUCGUAAGGAUGGAAUUUUUGAAUUUGAGAGAUGGAUCAAUUGGCAGGCAUUUUCAGCUCGUGUCCUUCAAGCUGGCUUGGCUGACUGGUUUCGUCUAACGACCCGGUGCUUCCGUCAUGCAUUCGAAGAGGAGCCCUUUCAAUCGGACGAAUUCUCUGAGUGUCGAAUCCGCGGUGCUGCGCAGUGGGUUGAAUAUUCUGGAGAAAGACUGUUUUGCUCCCUUGAUAAUUUACCUGACUUUACGGACCUGAACCCUGGGAUACUAUAUACAGGAAAAGGGGGUCUGUCCCGCGAGAGAUGGGAUUUUUGGGAAGCAAGUUUUCAUGCCCUCGCAGAAAAAGGGAAUUCUUCGGAAGAGAUUACUUUGAUUUGCGACAAGGCUGCACAGAAGAUGGCUGCAAUUGCUGCGGUUAGCGCUGCUAGCGCUGAGUAG